AGCCGAGCCGCCUGACGAGCAGGCAGCCACGCGUUCUCUGCAAAGCUCUCGCGCGAGCUUUCGAGACACUUUUCACCUCUCUGUCCGCGUUUCUCAUUCGCCAAAACAAUUCCUGCCGCCAGAGAUACUUACUAGAAAGUAUUUUUUCACAAGUGAAGAAAGAGAGAAAUUGGAUAAAUUCUUUUUGUAUAUCGUGCGAUUUUGUGUGCAAAUUGCCGGUUUACCCUUUUUCUAAAAUAAAAAUUUCAAUCAACGAAGUCCAACCGCGACGCGGUGAGCGGCAAAAGAAGCAAAAUGUUCUGGAUUCUGCGAAGAACGGGAGCCGCGAACUUUUUCAACUCAAUUAACAACAAUUAUUCAUCAAAAGCGAACACAAUCAGCAGCCACAAUUCAGAUAAAAAUAACCCGCGGCCGCCGCGCAAAGCGUACGGCCGCUUGAGUGUGGAGUCGGAUGACAACAGCUCAAUGCGACGUGACAUGCCCGCAGCCACUGAGACAUCCUUAAUUGAUUUCGAUAAUUGCCCGUGCGACGGGACAAAGGGCCCGCCAGGUAUGAGAGACACUGAUGGCAAUAUCGAGGAGUCGGACUCGGAGCUGGAGCUGGAGCAGACGAUGAGGAACCAGAUACUGCGGAAUCGGCGCUACGACGACAGCACAAUCGCCCGACUCCAGGCCAUGGCCAUGUCCGACGACGAGGACUAUGAUGAAUCUCUGACUUGCAAUGUUUGCGACAGAGCUUUCCACUGUCACAGACAACUUGCCAAUCAUCAGCAGAAGAAGAGACACUUUGGGUGCAGCGGCUGCGACAGCCUGUUCCCCUCGCUGAUGCUCCUGGAGCACCACAAGGAGGAGUUCGAGCACUGGAGCGAUAUGGAGGACGAGAACCGGCGCUAUCCGUGCUGUCGGCGGAACCGCGGCGAGGAGUACUCAGACACGGAGACGGGGACCAGCGAUGCCGAGAGCGAGGACCUCGAGAGGCUCCUGUAAAGUCCCUGCUGUGGCAAAAGAUGCUCUCUCUCUCUCUCUCUGAUCCUUGGCCAAGUGUAUAGACACGAAGUAGUCCUGAAAAUAUUCCCCGCAUUCUGAAGCUCGUCAGAGAAUCACUGCGAAAGUCCAUUUGAUAAUUGCAUUUGGGAGGACUUUUUGCUGUAUUUUCCCUGGGAAAACAUACAAACAGGACGUUUUUUUACAUUUCAUCCUGUGCAGGCAAAUGUGAGUUGAUGAAAAAUAACUUCAAAUUACAUUUUAAAACUAUUGAAUUUCACUCCAAAAAAUCUGUAAAAAUGCAAUUGUGACGCUUGUCUAUCAAAUUCAGUCAUUUUUGCGCUUUCAACCCUCUUAUAAUUCAUUUCGCUUGAAGAGUUGUUCCAUCUGCAGAGGUCGAUUUAUUGAUUGCAAGCAUUUGCAUCACUCAACAACCUCUGGGGGCUUUCAACAGUUUAUCAAUCAGAUGUCAAGAGCAGAAGGUCAUCAAUUUGUGUGAUUCGAUAUGAAAUCAAGCGUGAGACAUUAUCCAUUAUUUGAGUAUAUUUGCAGAAUAUAUGGGAAAACGACUCUUGAAGUAAUUGUUUCCUCUUUUGUAUCUCAUUUUUACAUCUCUCCCUAACGUCCAUAAAUAUUUAUUGCUUCCCAUUGCAAAAUCGAAUGGAAGCCAGUGGUGAUUCUUUUGAGCACAAAAAAACCCCAAAACAGGAUUGAAGGUCCGGCCCAAUUUGCGAGACCCAAUUGAUAUGGAAAUGCUAUGCACAGUCCAGAAGAUGAUGUUAGAAAGCGUAUUGAACACCAUAUCCCCUUAUUAUACUCACAAAUUUUUUCAGUGAGCCCAAUUAUACACAUAUGGAAUUUGUGUAAAGGAAAAAAAAUGGAAUUUAGAACGUAGGACAAUGAUAUUUUUAGACGAAUCAAAAGGAAAAGAAAAAAAAACUUUAUAUUGUAUUGUCUUAGAGAGAAAUUCUAUAUUAUAACUAAUGAAAAAGUCAGCCAUAAUCUUGUAGAGUUUCCCCGCAGGAAAACUCCCUCUCUGAACCCCCAUUUUAGAAUCAACACACACACACACACAAGAAAACCAGACGCGAAAAAUUGAUAG